GACCGGACGAGCUUCUCCCUGCAUCAGAGAGCUGCAGGUGACUCGCUCCAUCACACCCCAACGUCUCCUUCUCCUCCACUCCGCUGAGCUUCCUCCCCAGGGUAGAAGAAGAAGAAGAAGAAGAAGAAGAAGAUGCCCCUCCAGUCCACGCUGUCCGGCCGGAGCUCCAACUCCACCCAGGCCGUGGACACCCAGUCGGACGGGAAGUCGUUUGAGCAGCUGAGGCAGGAAUGUCUGCAGAAGGGCGUCCUGUUCGAGGACCCCGACUUCCCUGCCGUCGACUCCUCGCUCUUCUACAGCCAGAGCGUUCCCGUCAACAUUGAAUGGAAGAGGCCCAAGGAGAUCUGCGACAACCCAAAGUUCAUCGUGGGUGAUGCCAACAGGACGGACAUCUGCCAGGGACAGCUGGGGGACUGCUGGCUCCUGGCAGCCAUCGCAUCCCUGACUCUGAAGAAAGACACGCUGGCCCGAGUCGUCCCCCAUGACCAGGACUUCGACCGCAGAUACGCCGGCAUCUUUCACUUCCAGUUCUGGCAACACAACCAGUGGCUGGACGUGGUGGUGGACGACAGACUGCCGUCAGUGAGAGAUCAGCUCAUCCUCGUUCACUCCGCCUCCAACAACGAGUUCUGGAGCGCCCUCCUGGAGAAGGCCUACGCCAAACUGCACGGCAGCUACGAGUCCCUGAAGGGCGGCAGCACGAUGGAGGCCAUGGAGGACUUCACCGGCGGCGUUGGGGAAGUGUACGAAACCAAGAACGCUCCCAACAACCUGUUCUCCAUCAUGAAGAAGGCCCUGGACCGAGGCUCCAUGAUGGGCUGCUCCAUCGACAUCAGCAGCUCUGCCGAGUCCGAGGCCAAGACGAGCACCGGCCUGGUGAAGGGACACGCGUACUCCAUCACAGGCGUGGAGGAGGUGAAUUACCGAGGACAGAAAGUCCAGCUGAUCCGGAUCAGAAACCCCUGGGGUCAGGUGGAGUGGAACGGCCCCUGGAGUGACGACUCCAGAGAGUGGAGCUAUGUGGACAAAGCAGAGAAGAAUCGUAUCAUGCAGAAUUCAUCAGAUGACGGUGAAUUCUGGAUGGAGUUUGAGGACUUCAAGAGGAACUACGACAAGGCUGAGAUCUGCAACAUGACCCCGGACGCCCUGACCGACAACACCAAGCGCCACUGGGAGGUCAGCAUGUUCCAGGGAAACUGGAUCCGCGGCUCCACCGCUGGAGGCUGCAGGAACUACAUCGACACGUUUUGGACCAACCCGCAGUACAAGCUGGAGCUGGAGGACGCUGACGAUGAGGAUGACGUGUGCAGCGUGGUCAUCGCUCUGAUGCAGAAGAACAGACGGAAGCUGAGGAAGGAAGGUCUGGACCUGGAGACCAUCGGCUUCGCUGUGUACGAG